AAUAAAUAAAAAAAAUAAUUAAAAUAAAUAAAAAUAUCAGUAAAUUAAAAAGUAAAAAAAAAAAGAGAAAAUAAAUCGCUUUUGUCGUUAAUACGCAGAUUUUUAUAAAUUUGUGUGUGUGUGUGUGUGCAUUUUAUUUGUGUCGUCUAACUAAUAUUCAGUAUUACAGCAGAAUUUCUAAAGCGUAUUACUUUUUAUGGACUAAUGGGCUCAGUUUUGUUUUUUUUUUGUUUUUUAUUUUUUUUUUAAUUUUGUAUGCAUUUGUUUCUUCCAUGAGUGUGUAUAAGUGCGUGCUUUUUUCAAUUACCACUGUCUCUAUCACUGAGUAAAUUAAAUAUUUUACAUCACAUACAUGCUGGUGCUGUUCGAGUUCUCCGAGUAGGCAAAGUCUUUUAUUGUUCUGCAUUUCAUAUAAUGGAUUACAAAGAGAAGUGUUUUCGUAUAUGAUAUAUAAGCCAUUGAAGAAUCCUAAAUGUAAAAUAAUUUCACCAUAAAUUAUUUGAAGACUUUUUGCAAAAAUUAUAAAAAAUCCAUUAAGCGAAAUUCAAUAAAAAUACAAUAAUAAUAAAAGCAGAAAUAUGAAUUAUCAAAAAGGUAUUAAAGAUCCUCAUCUGGAAAGACACUCAAACAAAGGUAAAUCACGUCAUUUCCUGGUUAAUGGCUUUAGCUCUAAUUUUGCACAACAGCAACAGCAACAACAACAACAGCAACAGCAACAGCAACAACAACAACAACAACAGCAAACUACCAGCGAUACACGUAACAUAUACAAUAAUCCAUACACACCGAAUACGGGAGUAACGCAACAGCAACAACAACACCAACAGCAGCAGUCAACAGCAGCACAGCAAUAUCGUCAACAGCAGCAAUUAACACAACAACAUAUUUAUAAAACUAACAAUCAAUACGAUUACACUACAACCAAUACUACGAACGAUAAUACACAACAACAGCAGCAGCAGCAACAACAACAACAACAACAACAACAACAGCACCAGCAUCAGCUACAGCAUCAACAGCAACAGGCUUCAGUUAUAUUAAGUGGCGUUGGCGGUGGCGGCAGUAAUUCCUGCAAUACAACGGACGCGGAAAACGCCUUUCUUAAUCAUAAUAACGGUAUGUACUAAAGAUGUUACACUUCUUGCAUUUCAAUUCACUCAGUCAAGGUAAUUGGUAUCGGAAAGAAAAUUUAAGUAAAUAAAAGCAAACAAAGCGAAAGACCAGAAGCGAAAGAAUCAAAAUUUUUCGGCAAAAAAUAUUAAUCGGUUAACAAGUAUGAAAAUUCGUUACGUAUACCUUAUAGCAAAUGUUCGUUCCCUAUUAUCGCCAAUAGAAGAGAACCCAACAACAAAAAAAGGAUUUAUUGAUUUUCUUCGGCGAUCGGGUCCAUUCUCUCACUGGACUUUCAGAUAACUUUAGAGGAAAAUAAUAUAAACCAAUAUAUGCCAUAGUUAUGCAAGUAAUGGGCUUAUUGCAAAUUGGUCGAGUUCACUCUGCUGCACUUAGUUGGGUGUACAGCUUAGUUUUUUACCUCAGUUUUUGAGCAAUAGACGAUAAAAUGGCAAAUAUAUCUAUACACGUUAAUGCGUACACCUGCCUGCGUAAAGCUUAACGCUACAUGGUAUUGUGAAUUCAUCACUGCGCAAGUCCCAGUUAGCGUCACAGCCAUUGAUCUGGCUAUGGAUGGUCAUCCCUAACAUAUUGGCUUUGUGCUCAAACCGAAUCUUUGCACUUUUUGGAUCAAACACCACUGGCUCAAUAACUUCAUAGUCAGACAUAUUGUGCCUCUUCUAUAUCCUUCUGUUAUACUUAAUCGUAGCUACCUACGCAAAGCGCCGCACCCAAAUGUCGGAGGCCUCCAGAGAUCGGUACCCGUAGAGUAUUUCUGUUAAGAACCCAAGGGGAAAUAUCGAUAGAAUAAACGUUCAACGCGAAAUUCCAUGGAAAUGGAAUCAUAAGAAAACAAGAAAACCUUUGUCGCCAGAAAAUGCGACAUAACAGGGUCGCAGGGAGGCAGACAGACGGGUGGACAGACGAACGGACGAGUACACAAAUAAAAAUGCAACAAUGGCUGAUUCGAGUUAGGAUUAGAAUUAGCCGAUCAGCGAUCGGGUCUUAGAAACGACAAGAACAGUUUGUUGCAUACUCAUACCACAGGUAUGUUUGUAAAUAUCCGCCCAAGUCACUUUUAUUAUUGAAAUUUGUCAGGGCUAAUUGAAAGCGAAAAAGUUAAAAGUGAAAAAACUUGAGAGUAGGAAUCGUAUGCGUAGAAAUAUGCGCACAAUUACUAAAGUAACCAGUGCAUCUACACAGCCCCUGAACGUUCAUCCUGGUUUCAUAAUAGAAAUAAAUUUAUUACAAUAAAUGAAAAUUUGUCAGAUUCAGAAUCAUUUAAAAAACACCAAAACUUUCUUGCAUGCUUCAUACAAUAUAUACACUCUCUAUACAAGACUCCUUGUAUGUUGCCAAGAUAUGUCGUCAGUUGCGUUUGCAUUCGCAAUUUUGGUUUAAUCGCAAGAGAUCUUUUGUGCGGGUACGACCAGUCGAGAGCACAGAUUUGCGAAGUGAGUGUAAAUGCCACAAGUGUAAAUACACGGCAUUUAUAAAUUUUGUAUGUAGAAUUUUCCGAUCUUGGAAGGUUCAACCAUUGGGGGCAAAGAACCUCAUUUCAUGGAUUCUGAUAAGGAUAUGUAAAUGCGAGAUAUCAUGAAUUUUGACAUUAAUCGACAGCUGAAAACAACUUUAAUUCGGCAAAGACCGAAUAUAUCAGAUACAUUUUAUGUACGAUUGGCUUAUAUUGACUUUAUGUCGGGUCAGAGGUCUUCGUUUAACUCAAUUCAUCUAAGCAAAUGAAAAUUUUGAAUUAGCUGAACUCUGUUGUAUAAGCAAAGUCAUCAUUUUACACUACCGUUCAGUUAAUUGAAUAUUACUUAAAAGAAAAAUUACUUUGUUUAUGUAACUGCAGUUAUUUUUUAAACAUAUUUUAUGAGCGAGCAAUCCUGAAAAAGAAAAUCUUUCGAAUCGAUUUUGUUAAAUCUGCUGACGAUGAAAUAUCUUCCGAAAUUUUUUUGCACAUUUUCUCUUCAUGUUUUCAAAAAUGAUUCCAUACAUUGAAGAUUUUUCCCUCUUCCAAAUCCCUUUAUGGGAAUUAAUAAUAGUUUUAAGAAUGAAGGUAACCCCGUUAAGAUUUAUUUAGAAUGUAAAGAAGAUUGGUAUGCUUGCACGAUGUGGCCAGACCUGAAAUUAAUUAAUAAAAGUUAUACAAUAAAAAAUCGUGUCUCCUACUAAAUAAUAAAUUCCGGUCCGUUACAUUUGUGUUACGGAAUAUUUUUGUUAUUUUGAGUAUUUGUUGCGUCACUAUUUUGACAAAUAACGAUUUAACGUCUUCGUCUAAUUCUUUAUAUAGUUUCAUGAUGAAAUAUAUUAAUGAUGUCCACUGUAUCCAAAGGCAUAUUUUUUAUAGGAGUUUUUGGGCGAGAAGAACUCACGUGAUUUAAAUUUAUCAAAAUGAAUUUUCUUAUCAAAGAUCAUUUUAUUUCUUACCUAUUUGUGUCAUAAUGCAUUAAAAACUAAGAUUUCCAUAUAAAGGCUUCCUUUCAAGAGAGUCUUUGGAUGGGAUUCAAAAUAUCUGCAGCCAAUGAGGUUUCAUUCAUAAAUAAUAUAAAUUAGAGCUUUUUGUCAUGCGAAAGGUUUUAUGGAUCGAGGAGAUUCCAGAAAUUAGUAUAUCCGAUCGAAUUGCUUUUCCGCAGGAUUAGUAAACUCUCGAGCUAAAUCGGAUACGUAUACAAAAUUUUUUCAAAAUAUUUUAGAAAUUGUAAUCUGUAGAUUGAACACAAAAGCAAAUGAAGAGACAUUAAAUAAACGGACGAAUAGACAAGCUUGAGUUGGUUCAGAAAGUGAUUCUGAAUAAAUCGUGUAAAUCUUCUUUCGAUUUUUGUACAGAAGUUGACAAAUCAAGUGCACAUAGAACCGCCUAGUUGAAGUCCAAUAAAUGUAAACAAUGCUUAUAUAUUUUGCACUUAAUUGAUGGGUGUAUAAAAAGAAAUUCCAAUCUCCCAUUACUUUAUUAUACACUUGUAUAUAACCUAGUGUCCUGACGGGCACUUUCUUCUAUCCAGUGACGCCCAUACAAUGUUGGAUGGACAAUAUUUAAAUAUUAUUCAAGGCUAUCUUUUUGUUAACCAUACCUCGAUACAGAUAAGAAAUAACAGGACUUCGAGAGUGGAAUCCGACAUUCUAAGGCGAUAAGUUAGAUUGUAAUUGUUUAAAUAGCAAAAAGUUAAUUAUAUAAAAGAAAGAUUAAAAAAUUAAUUAUAUAAAAGAAGAUGAAACUCGAUUUUACUUCGAACGCCUCAAAUAAAGUCAAAUAAUAGUAACUUUGGGGAAACAUUUAUUUUCCACUGUUUAGUUCAUUAAAAUAAAAAUUUAAUUAUAGAAGAUAUUUUAUAUAAUUUAUUUUAUUAUUAUUUAUUUAAAUUUUAAGCGUAAAGCAAAGUCAAAAACGAACAAGAGACAUAUUAGAGUCGUCUUCAUCGUUUUGUUGCUACAAACUUUUUCAAACAAUUUGUCAAAAAAACUUUACUGCUGAUGACACAUUCUAAGCUGUACUUAGUGCGAGUGUGGUCUGAAAUUUUUGUCACGUCUUCUUUGAGCAGAAAAAAAGAAAAACGAAAUCUAUCUUAGAGAGUAACAAGAACAUAAAGACGUGAUGUGUAGAAAUCACUAAGAAAACGUGAAAGGGAAAAUUCCUCAAGUAAGUGAGCAAGUAAUUCAUAGCUACACUUGGACGAAAAAUCUUGGGAAAACAUUACAAAAUAAUACAAAAAUGUGAAAAAGAAAAAAAAAAGAAAAAAAACCAAAAUAAAUCUAAAGUAAGAAAAAACCCAACAGGAGUGAGAGAAGAAUGUAUCGGAGCAUAAAACAUUUAUGACAAACAUUUAUAUAUUGCAGCAAAGACCUAUAUUAUACUUACUGCUUGGCUGUACGUAUAAGAUCAAUUAAAAAAGUAUUGAGCCUAUCAGAUAUUGUAACUCAUCCAAAAGCAUUUCAUUUUCUCGUUUUAUUUUUAUAAAAAUCGGUGCUUAGCACUGACUAACUGACCAACUAAGGUUAUGUCUAUUGUUAGGCUCAAUAUUUGUUAGAAAAUUUAACAUAAUAUACGUAAGUGCUUGUAUUGCUGGUUUAUUAAGAAUCUAAUGUGUGCGACGGCACAAUUCUAACGACCGUAUAUCAGUACCAAUGUAACAGAGAUUGGCACAUGUUCUUGGCAAUUCGCACGCGUUUAAACAUAACAAAACACUUUUUCUGCUUCGCCCCGUCUGAAAUAUGAAAAAUAAAUAAGUGGGUUUGGGGGCCGCUAAGGCUGUCUGUACGUUUGUCAUUCUUUUUUUUUUUUUUUCUUCUUCUUCUUCUUCUUCUUCUUCUUUCUUACAUAAUGAAUGCAGCUCUAUAUUUUAUGUGCCACUAUUUUAUAGUGUUUUUAACAGCUUCGCCAAAAAAAAAAAAGCAACAACGACACCAAGACUAUUAUGAUAAUACUCCAGCUAGAUUUGGCACGUAAUAAACUUGGAACUAAACUAAAUGUCUAAACAUAACUUAGGAUAUUUUAUUGUUAUUGUUUUACCCCAAUAACGGCUAUUAUUAAUACCAAUACCGUGCCUGUGCCGUGUUUGUGAACGCUUGUGUGCUUGUGUGCGUUUUGGUUUUUUGGUCUCCUUCUCGCCAUUCGACGAUUCUAGUUAAGUAUUACUUCUUAGUCGAAGACUUUUUUUUCAACUAAACAAAAGUUUUUUUGUUGUGUUGUUUUGCUUGUUCGUUUAAUACCCAAGAAAUUGUAAUAUUUAUGUAAUAUUGAUUUUUCUCUUUCUCUUCCUUGAGUUCAGUGUAACAUUUUCGGUUUUUCUACCAUACGACGAAGCACUUCUGGUCGCUGCGAUAGAGGGUCAAUGAAAUUUGGUUCAUGUCUUUUAAGAAACUUUUUUAUUUUGUUUUAUUUUAGGCGAUUAACUUGUUAUUCCAUACAAAGUAAAUAUUUUCACGGUUUUUAUUAAAAGUUUUUUUUUUUUUUUUUUAUUAUUUCUUAAAGACUUUUAUUUCGUCUACUAAGACUAGACAUAACUUUAGCAAUAAACCAAUUAAGUAUUUCGAGACACGUUCAACUUUGAAAAUUGCACUUGGCAUUCCAGGUGUAAACACAGUAUGUAGAAAUUUUUCGUUAUUUUUUGAGAUUAAUUUUGCUUUUGAAUAAUUUUCGGGCCUUUUGCAUCGAUUCUUCAAUUCGAUAAACAACGUAUAGGUUAUUUUAUAUAAAUUUUUCCGACCUUGAGAAUAGGGAAAGACGAAAUCAACGCCCCAUUUAUUAAAAAUAUAAAAAGAAAAAAUUCAAAUUCCACAGAUGUAAGUAUUCCAUCAACAACAAACCAGUCAUUUAUAAAAAAAAAAAAAUGGACAAAUAAGUAAAUUUGAAUCGAGUCGAAAUUUUACACUGAUUGAAAAUGCUUGUGAGGGGCCAUUAAGCGCUGCCUAUAAGUGUUGCAAAUGGAAUAACAAAAUUAUUACGCGCACAUAGAGCGAUUGUUGUUGUUGGUGUGACGAAAUUUAAAACUAAUAAAAUAAAGACUCUUUUAAUAGCCUGUUUUCAUAGCUGUUACGCUAGCCGUUGAUUGUUAAUCAACCAUUCUUAACACGUACUCAUUUGGUUACUGAUUUAAUCAAGUGAAUCACUUCGCCGUUUACUAAUAAAACUGAAGAAUAAAAAACGAAAAGACAGCGAAAAAGAAAAUAGAGAAAAAAUUAAAUUAUUAGUAAGGCUCU